AUGAUGAACGACGGCCGCGUCCACCCGGCGGCGGCGGCCACCAGCUCGGACUUCUCCGGCGAGAUGGACCAGUCCCAGUCCGCCUACUCCUCCUCCGACCCCUCCUCCAGCCCGCUCUACAGCUUCCACUUCGAGAAGCCCGUCCCGCCGCCGGCGCUCCCCCACGGGCACCAGCCCAAGCAACCGCAGCAUCAGAAGACAACGCCGCCGCAGAAGCCGCAGCCCGGCACGUACGUGGUGCAGGUGCCCAAGGACAAGGUCUUCCGCGUGCCGCCGCCCGAGAACGAGCGCCUCUUCCAGCACUACACCCGCCGCGCCAAGCGCCAGAGCGGCUGCUCCUGCCUCCGCGCCUGCCUCUACCUGCUCCUCGCCAUCGUCUGCCUCGCCGUCCUCCUCGCCGUCGCCGUCGGCGUCGUGUACGUCGUGUACAAGCCCAGGCAGCCCACGUACUCGGUCGUGUCCCUCGCCGUCUCUGGCCUCGCCGGCGUCGGCAACGCGUCCGCGCCCGGCGCGUUCACGCCGGGGUUCGACGCGACACUCCGCGCAGACAACAGCAGGAACGGCAAGAUGGGCGUGCACUACGACGGCGCCGGGAGCCGCGUCGCCGUGUCAUACGACGGCGUGAGCUUGGCGCAGGGCGCGUGGCCGGCGUUCUACCAGGCGCCCGGCAACGUGACGGUGUUCGUGGCGAAGGCCAAGGGCGCCGGGCUACGGUUCUCGGAACGCGUGCGCGGGCAGAUGGCCGCGGCGGAGCGGCUCCGGUCGGUGCCGUUCGACGUCGACGUGAAGGUGCCCGUGCGGCUGCAGCUCGGCGGGGUCAAGACGUGGGCCGUCACGGUGACCGUGCGAUGCACCAUCGCCGUGGACAGGCUCGCCGCCACCGCCAAGGUGGUGUCCAGAUCGUGCAGCGCGAAGGUGCCGUUCCUGUUCUGGAGGAUCUGAACAACGACAAAGCAAAAUAAGUGGUUAUCAUCCUCCCGGUUGAUUAGGUAGCGAAGGAUUCUUUGGCUCCCGAUAUUCUCUUCUCCUCGUUAAGUCUGUAUAUGUUGGUUUGAUUGAGCAAUGUCAAUUUUUGUC